AUGUCUACAGACUCUGACUUUUGGCUCGUGGCAGCGCCUUGUCCCAAUUUCGAUGAUGUGCCGACCAUCCGAGUUGCUACUCAUGAAGUCCCCCUUCCAGCAUACUGGCGUAUUCUAGGUCUUUUAGAGGAUGGCAAGCGAGAGGAAGAGAUUGUCCAAGUCCUUGUACGCCACACAGGCACCAAAGCGCGGAGGAUUAUUACAGAGGUCGUGGAUAGUGUCGUGGAGAACCAGCGCCUAAUAACCGGGCCACCCAGGCCAUCAGGGAGACUGAGCGUUGUGUUCAAGAAGCCCCGGAGAAUAAGUGACUACCGAGCCACUCGGAUGGAAGCGCGGCGGGAACUUCAAGCGGCUGAGGAGAAACUAGAGACGGCAAAGCUGAAAGAAAAGAAAGUUCUCAAUGAAGUGCUCAUUCUUUCACAACGCAUGGAAGACUUGAAGGAUAAGAAAAUGGCUCCAGAUGAACGACGAAAGACCACAAGUGCGAUCGAACAGCAAAUCGAAUACGUGCUCCAGAAACACCACGACGUUGAGGCCGAGAUUGCCUUUGCUAAACGACUCACUCUCAUUCACAAGGCGUCUCUGGCUUGA